AUGGUUCAUCUUGGAAUGGGAUUCAUCACUCAAGACAUAGAUGAGUGUUUGAACGGAACACACGGUUGUGAUAUGAAUGCUGAGUGUAACAAUACCCUGGGAUCUUACAAGUGCACGUGUAAAGAUGGAUUUCAAGGAAAUGGAACCAAAUGCACAGGUAACUAGUUCUGACAUAUUCAUACUCCGUUUGUUACCCUCAGUUUUUCAGAUUAGUUAGAAAAACGGUCUCAUUUACAUUAUUUUCCUUUUCGUGUUCUAGAUCUAGAUGAGUGUAUGAUCGGAACACAAAACUGUAAUGUAAAUACUAAGUGUAACAAUACCCUAAGAUCUCACAAUUGCACGUUUAAAGAUGGAAUUCAAGGAAAUGGAACCAACUGCACACGUAACCAACAUACCAUACUCUCUAUUUUCUCGAUGGUACCUGUCAUGUGACAAAAAGGAAUGACCAGAAAACAAAACUGUUUUUUGUUGAUUUAGAUACCAACGAAUGCACUGAAGGAAAACACGACUGUGAUGUAAAUGCUGAGUGUAACAAUACCUUGGGAUCUUACAAAUGCACUUGUAAGGAUGGAUAUGAGGGAAAUGGAACCAAAUGCACAGGUCAGUAACAAGCCAAGGUACCAAACAAUGUUUUCACAAUGAAAAAAAAAGUUAACUGUUAACUGUGAACAGACGCCGGCACGAGACUAGCAAAAUUGCAGGGUGCUCUGCAAGUGAACAUUAUUCCAAAACUUUUGGCGUAUUGAUAAUUUAGAGAAAUUAUGGCCUGUUAUCAUUUGCGAGGGAGGAAAAAGGACCAUAAAUUGUGAUAAUGACCAAAGAACUAUCGACGUUGUGGAUGCAAAUUAUGGUAGACUGGACUCAAACACUUGCCAUCAUUCCGCAGUUAGCGAUACAAACUGCAAAGCUGAGAACUCUCUUUUCAUUGUGCGGUUGAAGUGCAACGAAGAAGCUAGUUGCCAGCUGCAUGCAUAUUCUUUAGUUUUUGGGGAUCCAUUCCUAGGCACAUAUAAAUACUUGGAAGUCAAGUACAAGUGUGUGAAUUUAGGUUAGUACCUAUAGCUAUUGUUGUAUGCUGUGAACUGGGGGGAGAAAUGGCCUUUUGCUACCAUUUAGGACGCAUUUAUUUUAGAAUUGCAUUAGGCGCUAGAUCACCCGUCCAUUUUCAGUCGGGGGCGUAUUAAAAAAAGAUACGCAAAGAAGCAAUCGUUAAUAUAGUCAGUACUCAAAUAUCAAAUCUUUUUUCGAAUUAAUACCUUUACACUUUUAUCAAAGACAUGGUGGAUAAGUAUUCAUUUGUUUCCGGGGUUUCAGUUUCAUUUUGUCUUGAGUGGCGCCCGCAAAAGCAAAGGAAAACUCGACAAGGUGGUCUAGGAUAGAUUUUAUGCACUAGGGAAAAAGUUCUGAACUGCCGUCUGGUCGGUGAACCCUGGGUGGAUCAUGUGUACACCAAAGGAGUGCAAACUGACAAUUUUCAAGCCGUAUGCAGAAAAAUUCAAUAUUAGCAUGCCAGACCAUUUUCCUGCAUAAAUAGUGAGAUAAAAAAGGUUCAAUUCAAUAAUUCUGGAUCGCACCUUCGUGUACGUUGCUGAUGAGCACUGCCGGCUGAACUAGAAGCAAAUGAAAAUUUAGAGGUACCCUCUGUCUUGACUCCUGGGUAAUCAUUCAGUAGCACAACGAGAUAGACUUAUUGUAUACAUUGAAGAGCACUACUACAUUGAAGGUCCACUAAGACCGAGCGAAAAUGGAAAUUCGUCGUACAUCUCGAAAAACCAAAAUUCUUCAUAUUUUCUCUGACGAUACCCUAUAGUGGCUUGAGAAACGUGAUAGGAUUUUUCUUCCAGAAAUAUCUUGUUAAACCUUCAUAAAAUAAAGAAGCCGUCACGAGCCAAAAUGUCCUGAAAGGCAUCCGAAAAAUACGUGAUUGUUACCUUCCUAUAGAAUUCGCCCUUUUGAAUUCGCAUUAUAGAAAGAACCGUUUCCUGCUUUCAAGUCUUUGCAAGUAACUUGACUUCAAUCUUACGCCAGUGAAUAAAAUUUAGAGGUCACGGUAAGCCGAUGAAAUUAACUAAAAUUCACCUUCGAAUAAUUUGUAAUUUAGCGUGUUUUUUUAAGGGACAUUUUUUGUAUUCGGUAAAACAUUGAAGAACUUGAAAUUGAUAUUCUUAAGAGAUUAAAUGCUGGUCUAAAAUGGGGUGUAAAAAUUAGUUUCGCGCUUUUUACCAGCGCCGGGUAGGAAGCCUCUUUAAAUAGCGGUUAUCACAACAAAAGCGUGUCAACCAGAAGUCAACAAAUAGCACAUCCUCCAAGCCCGGAAGCAAAGGAUUGUAAAAUUUUUACAUUAUAAUUGAUCUGUUUAGUCGUCCUCGCAAGGCGACUGCAGUUUUUUCGAUGUAAGGCUUCUUGCGACUAACUGUUACAUCUGAAAGGUCAGUGUUAACCCAGGUGGUACUCCCAUAUAAAAAUGACAGGAGUGCUCGUCGGAGAAUUUCGAAAACACCCCUAAAAGGUACCAAAAUAGUGUUUAACGGGCGUGGCCCAGAUUCAUUUUGAUGUACUAAUAAUUCCAAAAAUAUAAGUUAUUAGCGCAAACACACUCACGGCCUUGUCAUUUUUCAGAACGAUAACCUUAAAUUCCCCUAAACUGCAGGAACUCUAGCGGCGGUUGUUAGUGACAAAAAGCAGGAGCCAAUGGGCUCCUGCAAAAAGCUAAGAGCCACAGAAUAUCAACUCUCGCUUCAACAAGUAGAAACUUGGUUUAAAAUUUAUAUGGCCGUAUCAAGGAAGAGCGAAUGAAUAUUAUUAUUUUUUUGUGCCCUCGAUUUUGUCUUGUUUAAAUUAAACGGGGAAAAUGUUUUUUACCUAUGUGGAUUAGUUUUAUCGGUGUGAAGAUCUGUGGCGCUUUAAUUUCUGCAAUGUUAACGUCCUCUUUGUUACGAAAGAUAUGUUAUUUAUUCACAUCACCCCCUACAUUUUGCAGUUCAUCUCCGUGCAAUCAGCAUUCGUGUUUCAAUUUGGUUCUUUUGUUUCUGCAACAACGUACCAAAAUUUUGUAACGUAAUUAGUCUAACUAUUUAAUUGCACCUCGGCCGCUUGUAGGAAUAUUGUUGCGUGAUAGGUAAAUUUAUUCAUAAUUACUCACUAAGGAUCUGAAUGAAGGAAAAUAGCAAUUCGCGGGGUAUUUUGUCUGAGCUAUUGUAGGUUCACCGUUAUAAGAUUGUAUUAAUCAAUGUUCAUUUCAUGGGAGGUAAACGUGUAGCGAAAGUAUGUAAGACAAUUUAAAAGAGGUUCUAAAAAUCUUGUAGGACGAGUUAAGAUUGCCAUCGAUCGCCUUUAUUGACCUUUACUCAGGCGGUUAGUUAUACGCCGACAUGGCUAGAACUAACCUGAAGUAUAAAGAAAUUUUUCUUCAAGAUGAGCUAAACGUGACCUUUCUUUUGUACGUUUUCUUUCUCAAGGAAAAAAGGAUUAAUUUACAAGUAUACAAGUAUUUUGUUGAAGGCAUACUUUUGUUGUUACCAGUUGUUGACAGUUAAUUGGCGUGAUUUUCCCAAUUUUUAAAGCCAUGGUGCUCGGUCCUCAUUGAAAGCCCGGAAAUGAAUUAUAUACCUGCUUUUAUAACAACAUUUCCUUUUCCAAGGAUUCUAAAUUUCAAGCGAUUCAGAGCUUUACCGGGAAAAGAAAAUGUCGCUUUAAAAAGUGAACGAAAUAGAGAAUUUUCAGUACGAGUACACCUGAUGUGGACAGAAGCCAAAAUGUACUCAGAUUAUGUAAAAUGGAGAAUAUCUACCAAUGGCGUGUGAGCAAUUUAAGGUAUAUUGAGAUGUUACGACUCUCUUUUUUUAUUUGGUAAUUUUAGAUUUUCUUUUGUUUUAAAAUAGAUUUACAUUGUCAAGGAACACUUGGUAUGGAAAGUGGUGCAAUAACCGAUGAGCAGAUAAGUUUCUCAUCCCGAGAAGAGAAUGAGGCGAAAAUUGUAAGAUUACAUCACACAGGGACGACUUGGAUAGCUGAUCAUGAUAAGAAGGAUUCUAAUCAUUGGCUUCAGGUCGAUCUCAGGGCUCAAAACACUGAAGUAACACGAGUGGCAACACAGGGAUCCCAUCAACAUAACAAAUGGGUGAAGAAGUACAAGCUACAAUACAGCAACUAUGGAGUGAGAUUUCAAAACUACAAGGAACAAGGACAAACCAUAUCAAAGGUAAAACUCAUCAGAGGUGGGGAAGGGUUCUAAAACAUGAGCUGCUCAUUGUACACAAAGCCAAGUUCAUUCCUCAACUUAAACUUCCCAAUGUGUUCUUUGAGUAGUUUGCUAGGACAAACAAUCCUCUUUGCAAUCAGAUCAGCUUCGUUUCUCGAUUUGUUAUGAUGCAUGAGUUGGCAGUUUUUCAAGAAAUUGUUACGAUGUAUGAAAAUUUCAUACAUUUACCACUUUCUUUGCCUAGGUACAAAUCUCAUCUUGAUCCAGUUUUUGAUUACCCUUAGAUAGAUAUUUGCAGAAAAAUUUCAACUUAAUUUUACCGUAGGGUGGCAUGGGAUGAAUUUCAUGAAUCAAAUCGCUCGUGAGAUAUUUCACUAUUUACCCAGUGAAAACAUUGCAUAAUAUAAUUACAAAGAUUUUAUUUUAAAAAAUUACCAUGUAUACGAAGCGGGCACGUACCGCGCAUUUUGAAUAAAAACACUCAACAUUUAUUUCACAUAUAUUAUGAUGCAGGAAUUUGACGGAAACAAAGACAAGAACAGUGUUGUUUAUCACGACCUCAAUCCACCAAUCAUAGCAAGGUGCAUACGUUUUCUACCAGUGGAGUGGAAAGGUGAGAUAUCAAUGAGAGUGGAAUUGUAUGGAUGCAUAAAAGGUAAGGAAAAUGGCUUUCCUCUAAAGUUGAUAAUCAUUGUAUACAUCACAGUUGAUCUGAUCAUAGGAGCUCUUUAAGGUUUUUCAUUUCGUUGAAAGUUUCUGUGAAUGUGUUAACGACAUUUCUUAGCUCAGUGUAAACUACGCUUGAUCAAUUGCCUCAUGAUCUCAUAGCUUGCCUUUAUUUCGCUGCCGUAGAUAACUUAUAUUUGUAAAACGUCUGCCGACUUUCUGUAAACAGAAUGUGGAAGAUUUCUCGGCAUGCAAAGCGGUGAAAUCUCUGACGGACAAAUAAGCGCCUUUUCAGAGAGAGACUCUAACCACUCCGCCAGUCAGAGCAGACUUCAUGUUAUAAAUCCUGACAGAGAGGGAUCUUGGGCAGCUAAAAAUGAUGAUACGAAUCAGUGGCUACAAGUGGAUCUGGUUAUUCUGCACACUAUAGUGACACGUGUGGCAACACAAGGAAGUAAUGGACCCAAGAGGGAGUGGGUUACAAAGUACAUCCUGCAGUACGGCAACGAUACAGAAAUGUUCUACAAUUACACAGUCCCAGAACAAAACACAAUGAAGUUAAAAUUGAUUUGUUGUGAAUUGAUUCCCGUUUAAACAGGAAAAGAAGUAUUUUUGGAUGAUCAUUGGCAGGGGUUUUGCUAACGCACCGCCAGUAAUAAUUGUUGCCCCCGCAGGGUUUUUUGGCCCCAGAGGGCCAAAAACCCGAGGAGGCACCUUAGGACUCCCCGCGUAAUAUAGAGGAAGACUUGAGAAGAGAGAAUGUAGGUAUUUUCAGUAGAUCAUGACCAGAAAAAAUCUCAAUUUGAUCGCUUGCACGGCCGCAAGGUAUCAACGUUUUUCCCGCAAAUGGUCAUGGGCGGCCAGCAAAAAGACACGCGCGCGAGGACUUUUGGGAUCGGCGUCUUUGACACGAGCUUUGUCCUUGUCGAGAUUUCGAGUUAAGCGUCCGCGUCGAGAAGCGUUUCCAAGUCCAACGGUAAUUGUGUAUAGCAUCUUUCUAACAAUUAAAGGUAGUUUUGAGUUUAAAAGGUGAUCAGAAUCCGUCAAAAGAGAAACGGUUGUGUGAAGUCUCGAUCGAAGGCGGCGGAGGGUCCACAGCUCAGUCAGCUAACGUGAGAACUUAAAGCAAAGAACUUACAGUAUAAUUAAAGUAUAACCAGAUAUCAAAUACAUGAAAAAGUUGAGCUUCUAACUCGUUUGCUUUGAUGUUGGAUUAUUCUCAGAGUUUUAGAGUUUCUUCGGUCGGAGUCCACGCGACCAUCAAAGUGUGAAAGGCGCGGAGAGUGCUGUUUUGUGCUUAAAAGCUGUCUUGACUCAUUUGUGUUAUACAGAAGUUAAUACAGAAAUAAUUUCACCGAUGCUCAGAAGACGGUGUAAGUUUAGCAUUUUGACCGAAAGACUCGGUUAACUCCGAUUUGUCCGCCACAAAUCAAGCUUAUUGCACAAAGCCGAAAGACUCGGCAAUUUCUGGAUUUGUCAGAGGCAAGUCUGUUAUUGGGCGCGAAGGACUCGCAGCACAACUGAAAGUAAACAGUAGUCAAAGAAAGGAAAUUACUGGUUGUAAUUGUAAAUUACAGCAAAAAAAAACAUCCCAAGCACUUCGCAAAACUACAUUUUGUACACUUGUAGUAUUUUGAGAUCCAAAAUUACUAAAACCAAAGUAUUGAGCCACAAUUCCGUAACAACAUAACAGAAAAAUUACACAACUGUAAACAACAAGCCCAACUAAAAAAAAAAACAAAAGAAAAUGGUACUGUAGGGCGGGGGCAGCUCUAGUGAGAACUAUAAACUAGUAUAAUAUCGAGGCCCCCAAGAGGAAAGAUUGGAGGAAUGGUGUAUGAUUGAGUUGGGGGACUGUUGUCACAUCGUAAUAACUGUUAUUCAUAAAAUUAAUUCUUAUCAAAGAUUUAAUGGAAACCUCUUAUGUUGUUACUUCAAAGGUUUUUGCUGGAAACAUUGAUCAGAAUACCGUGGUUUAUCACGACCUUAACCCACCAAUCACAGCGCGUUACAUUCGUUUUAAACUAGUAGAGUGGCAGGACUGGAUAUCAAUGAGGGUAGAGCUGUAUGGCUGUGUACCAGGUAAGGCCUGAAUGACAAUUACGAUGGAGCGUUACCUCUUGUAACGAGUAAUUUAUACCAGAUAAUACUUCAUUUCCUGUUCAAAAGCGAGCGCUUGGAUAUUGUUUGCUGUGUGUCAUCUCAAUCACAAUCGAGCUGCUACAAGUUGACGCGAGUUUUCUGGACCAAUAACAGGGCGAAGAGAGGCAAAAAACCAAUAAAAUCCUGGACAACUCGUUGUAAUCAUUUGAAAAUUGCUCUGCAUAGUAUUAUUCAAUUGACUUAUCAGCUUUGGUCACAUGGAGUUCCUUCCUUCUUCACUCUCCUCUUUUCACUCUCACGUGUGAUCGCCGAACCACAAACUGGAAUAAUUUGACGAGAAAAACUACUCUAAUUGUGGGAAUGGGAAGGAAACCUUGUCUUCUCUUGAGAUUUUUAGAUUCCCCAACAACAAAACCUCGUGAUGGCUCAACCGUACAGUUUAUAAAAGUAUCAUGUCGGUAUUCAAAAACACCAUUUUGAUUCAGGUCGGCAAUCAAUAUGUUAUUGUCGAAUGUAAUUCGUAGAUGUAAUGAAGUCAGUCAAUGCCCGACUAUCGAGGAUUUCUACUUUCUAAAAAUACAAACGUGAGCAAGCGUCGGAAAAUGCACAGUACGACUUGUUCGAACACUCCAAGUGACUGACGUUUCUAUUCCAUUUUUUCGGUGAUUUAAUAAUUUAUGUAACUACAAGAAUAUUUCCUCGUAAUAGUACCAUCAGAAGUGGCAAAAAAAAUUCUGACAAUUUCUUACCAACAACGUUACUUUUAUUUUAUGGUUUUAUGCAGGAUUUACAGCUGUGUUUACAAAUCUUGGUAAGAUUGGAUCAGAGGGUCCAAAGUCGAUUGGUUGUCAUUACAAAGAUCAAGACCAUGACGGACAAGUAACGGUGUCCAGCGGUAUUCAACUGUGGACUGUGCCACGCACUGGUAAAUACAGAAUAGAAGUAAUAGGAGCCUCAGGGGGGUACAGUGAGGACAGUUUUAUCAAAAGCGGAGGAAGAGGGGCACGAAUGAUUGGAAACUUUAAUUUGACCAAAGAUGAGAUCAUUCAUGUACUUGUUGGUCAAAAAGGGGGAAAAGGGACUUCAAACCUAAAAACAGCCGGAGGUGGAGGAGGUACAUUUGUAGUGAGAGAAAACAACAAUUCUUUGAUUAUAGCUGGAGGUGGAGGAGGAAUUAAAAAUAUAUCGGAACAACAUCCAGGAUGUGAUGCGUCCAUAAACACAACAGGGAAUGGAGGGUAUAACUUGCCACUGGGUUCAGGAGGAAGCAACGGAAAUGGAGGAAACGCCAGUACAGAAUAUUCAGGUAGGUGGAGAAAGAAGAAAAAAACAAAUAAUCAGUAGGUUCAAUCCAUCAGGACAACAGGACGACAGUAAGAUUUAUCAGAACUUAAUUAUUGAAAUUACUAAUAGAUCGUUUUCACUCACGUGACCAAUUCCUUGACUACCGUUGCUACGCCGCCAUAUUGGUGUACCUCAAUUGUAAACAAACUAGUAGCGUCCUUCGCGUGGAACAUGGUUUUGUGUCUGAUCGUUGGCUGUGGCAGCAAAAGUGGACGAGAUAAAGGGUUGUACUUUGCAAGGGUGCCUUCUGUGGUCACAAAUCAAGGCGAAGAGGCACAGAAACUAUCCGAAGAAAGAAGAUCGCGCUGGAUUUCAGCGAUAAGCCGUGACGAUCUGACCGAAGAGAUCUUAGAAAACGAUCGUGUGUGCAAAAAGCAUUUUGUUUCAGGAAGGGCAGCUAAGAGCUGGGAUAAAUUUAAUAUUGACUGGGUUCCGACAUUGCUUUUGGGACACAAUAAAGCUGAUCGGGAACAUGUUUCUCCGUUUGUUGCUUACAAGUCCCAGAACUGACCACAUUUCAAGAGUUUGUCACGACUUUGAUAAAACUUAAACUUGACGCACCACAUCAAGAUCUUUCAUAUCGCUUCAAUGUCUCCCUUUCAACAGUUUCAAGGAUUUUUUCAUCCUGGAUGGUAGCGCUAGAUGUACGCCUGGCUCCACUUAUCAACUGGCCUGAACGUGAGGAUUUAUGGCGAACUAUGCCACAGUGUUUUAAAUAUUCAUUUGGAAACAAAACUACCGUGAUUAUUGAUUGUUUCGAAGUAUUUAUUAAUAGACCAUCAAAUCUGCUCGCAAGAGCACAGACAUGGUCAUCGUACAAACACCAUAACACUGUUAAGGUGCUGAUUGGGAUAACUCCACAAGGUACAAUCUCCUAACCCAACAUGAAAUAAGAGAGUCGUUCAUACGCUGGGAAUGUCUCACCUUUGCUAAAACAAGAAACUUGUCGCGAUUAUGUGGCCUUGCACGCUUGCGAUAAAACCAGAGACCAUUUGGUUAUAUGCUUCAAGACUUCGGAAAGCUUUAAACUGUUUCUGAGUGUAGAAACUUGUCUCCAAGACAAGAUAACACAAAAUAUCUGUGGAUUCAACAGGAGGCAAACAGUCCGGCUUAAAGUCCUUCCCUUCGACUAAAACUGGAUCAAUUCCAAUUGCCGCUAUUUUCUGUAAAUAUCGAUCUCUGACUGGAAAAUCCAGCUGCUUCGCGUAUUCGGAUAUCGGAAAAGAAUAGUCGACCCCGCUUUUGUUCUGGGACUCUUUUUCUUUCUCUUUUGAAUCCAUUUUACUCGUGGGAAUGAUAGUUGUGGAAAAAUAGGGGGAUUACGCAAUCGAAAGUGGUACACCAAUAUGGCCGACCGGAAAUGAUGUGACGUCACGUGAAAACGAUCUAUUCUAACUUUGAAGCUUUUCUUUUCUCGGAGGCACCCUUAAAAUAUCAGUUUUUUUAAAAAUCCUACACAUCACCUCAUUUACAUUUAUUUUGUCCUGAUAAACUGUUCUAUUUCUAGCAAUUGACCACCCAAUAAUAUUUUUAAAUAAACUUCUAAAAAUUGAGAAGUGCACUAAGUAGACAACAUUGCGAAUCGUCGUUUAAACGCUCUUAAGUAAGUAAUCAAAUAGAAGCCAUUUAUGAGACAACUGCUUCUCAGUUUUCGUUUAUUGUAGGUGGUGGCGGCGGCGGCUUCUACAGUAAUGGAAAAAGUGCUUCGAGCGGUUCUGGUCGAGGAGGUAAAGGAUAUCUUCAAAGAGGAGAGGGUGGAGAAGCUAAGGGUGGGUUUGGAGGUGGCGGUGGUUUACGUGGAGGUAACCGUGGAGCUGGAGGCGGUGGAGGUUACUCUGGAGGAGACGGUGGAGCUAAUGAAGAGUUUUCCUGUGGGGGAGGGGGAGGAUCUUUUAACAGUGGGACAAAUCAGCAGAAUGAAUGUUGUUUCAAUAGGUAUGGACAUGGUAGAGUGAUCAUCACGUUUCUUCAGUGA